AGAAUCCAUCAGCAUUUGAAAAACGCGCAGGUUGAGCCAACCGACGAGAACAGUGGAAAGGCUGAACACACAGGAAAUAUACUUCAAAGACGAUAACACGCUCCUAUUCUAUUCCCCCUUGAGAAACGCGCAAAAGUAUCACCAUGUCAGAAGAGAAGAUGCAAAAGGAUUAUUCCGGGAUUGUGGACGUCCAGCUGCCGGAAAUUGAGCAGACGGCAAAGCAAGGAAACAUAACCGAAGCGCUCGAAAAAUUGCUAGCCCUGGAAAAGCAAACACGUGUGGCUGCUGACAUGAUUUCAAACUCGAGAUUGCUUAUCGCUGCCAUGCAAAUUUGCCGACUUUCGGGAGACUGGAAGCUGUUGAAUGAACACAUCAUACUACUCUCAAAGAAGCAUGGACUAUUGAAGCAGGCUGUUACCAAAAUGAUUCAAGAGGCCAUGACAUAUAUCGACCAAACUCCUGAUAUGCCGACGAAGUUAGAACUUAUCAAUACAUUGCGCACGGUGACCGAGGGCAAGAUCUUUGUGGAGGUUGAGCGUGCACGUUUGACUCGAACCCUGGCCAAAAUAAAGGAAGAUGAGGGUAACAUCGUGGAAGCUGCCGAUAUUUUACAGGAUGUCCAGGUGGAAACAUUCGGUUCUAUGGACAAGCGUGAGAAGACGGACUUCAUUCUGGAGCAAAUGAGACUCUGCUUAGCCAAGAAGGACUUCCCUCGCGUUCAAAUCAUAAGUCGCAAGAUCAGCACGAAAUACUUCAAAGCCACAGAGACCCAGGAUCUUAAAUUGCGCUAUUAUGAGUUGAUGAUUCAAUAUGCCCUGCAUGAGAAUCAAUACCUGGAUGUUUGCAAGUACUUCCGUGAGAUUUAUGAUACCCCUUCCGUGCAAGAGGAUGAAGCAAGAAAAACAGAGGUCCUUAGAAAUAUCAUUUUCUUCGUCGCUCUAGCGCCCUAUGACAACGAGCAGUCGGAUCUGAUUCACCGUGUUUACGAGGAUCCCUUCUUGGCCAAGAUUCCACUUUACAAGGAGUUCACAAAGUGCUUCAUAAUUAUUGAGCUCAUGCGAUGGCCAAAAAUGGAGGAAAUCUAUGGAACCAUGUGGCGAGAGAGCUUCGUAUUCGACCUCAAGAACGAGGACGGACAAAAACGGUACAAGGAGUUGCAUAAGCGUGUUAUUGAGCACAACAUUCGGGUUGUUGCAAAAUAUUACAAUCGGAUAACGGUGAAACGCCUGACUCAGCUCUUGGACUUGAGCCCAUCGGAAACGGAGGAGUUCCUUUCCAAUCUGGUUGUUAAAAAGACCAUUUGGGCGAGAAUCGACCGACCAGCAGGCAUCGUUUCCUUCCAACAACGAAAGGAUCCCAAUGCGGUACUUAACGAGUGGUCCACCAACAUUAACUCGCUGCUUGAACUCAUUGUGAAGACGACACAUCUUAUUACCAAAGAGGAGAUGGUCAAUAGUAGCGGGAUUACGCAAGUUAUCUGAUUUUUUGAAGAAUAUAUUUUCAGAUUUCCCGAGAAAACCAACUGAACACCUUAUUUCCUCCAAUGUGGAAAUUGCUCCAGCGCAAUCAAUAUAUUAUGAUUGUGUAGGAUGAUCGCGCUGUGUUUAUCUAUACAUGAUUUCGCUACUGUAACCCGUCGUGGAGACAGAAGAUCAUAAUGGCAUUCAAAAAGUGAAUCAAUUUGGGCAAAUGUCUGUUAAGCUGUAAUUCCAAUAUAUAUUGCAACGGAUAUUUCAC